UGCUUCACAUAUAUUAAAAGUUUAAUGUGUUUCGGAAUGCCAAACACCUAUUUUUGUUAAUUGUACGAAUCCAUGGAUUCCUAUGGCAAGUUCGGCUUGCAUGUUACACUUUAAAAUGCAUAAUUUCGAAAACUAAGACGACCUUUGACAGAUGCAUGACUGUUGUCAAUGUGUAGCGUUAUGCUAUAUCUCUUAUCUCCCACCUAACGUAGUGAAGCAAUAACACGUUCAUUUAGUUUGAACUCAAACGUUCACUGGGAAGCGAAUUAAAUCCAUACCGAAUUUAAAAUGAGUUAGUCACGUUUCAUUAAGCACUUACAGCCACACUUUUAGAAGUGUUGUUCAUUUUCUCUGUAGCUGGCAGUCUUGAUUUUGACAAAUUUUGAAUGGAGUUCGGCAAAUCGCAUGCCAACAUCAAAUCUUAGCCAAUUACUAGCGCCAGUGAAGAGCAUGUGUACUGCUAAUCCUGGAUUACCUAGCACAUGAACUUUACUGCAGUAGUAGACCAGGCACAGCGAUAUUUGAAAUUUACAAAAUUGCAAUGCAUAUGAGCAUUUUCAGACCAGCAGUGAUAGUCCAGUUGUAUAUUAUUUUGCCGCUGAUUUUUAGACUUCAGCUCGUAUCUUCCAGUGACAUCUUCAGGUUUCUUAGAAUGGGAAAUUUUACAUCAUCGACAUCUCAGGUUGGUUCAUCAUGUGUACAGUAUGUCCAGGAGAUGGUGUCACAGAACUGUGUUGUGAUAUUUUCCAAGACAACCUGUCCUUAUUGCAAAAUGGCCAAGAAUGUGUUCAAUGAAAUUGGUGCGACCUACAAAGUGAUUGAACUGGAUGAGCACAAUGACGGGAGGAGACUGCAAGAGGCCUUAGCUCAGGUGACCGGUGCCAGAACGGUACCAAGAGUCUUCAUUAACGGAAACUGCAUCGGGGGUGGCUCUGAUACCAAACAACUCCAUCAGCAGGGGAAGUUGCGGCCCCUGAUCGAGCAGUGUGCCCCCUGCUGUGCUGACGGCUCGGGCAGUGGACAGUUUGCGUCAGCCAAAUGACUAACCGUUCUUGUGGUUCUUCUCAAUCCUGUGUUUGUGGAAUAUUUACUUGAUCCUGUGUUGCAAGUUCCACAUUACUUGAGCAUGACUGUUAUAUAUUUAUCAAAGUGCAUCGAAUUCUUGAUGUUAGGCUACAUACAUUUUCAUCCAGGGAUGUACAGUACUAUUGUUAUUAUUAAAGCUGCCAUCUUUUAAACUAAAAUUGUGAACAGUGGAACUACUUCUCAUGUGCAUGGUUGUUUUGAACAAUAUUACAGUUAUAAAAAAACAUGAUCUCUCUCAGCAUCAAGAUCAUACUGUGAACAUCAUUGGUUUGUGAAUUAUGGACAAGUUUGAUUCAAUAUUUGAGGUCAUUCUUCAUAUAUUGUACAUUUAAUAUAACUUGUUAUUUUUUUAUGUUUAGCACAUCAACUUGUAAAUGUAUUUAAACAUCUUUGAUUCUAUGGAGAAAUGUUUGCUAUUUGCAUAGAUCGAUAUGAAAAAUAUUACGAUUUUGUAAUAUUUUUUACCUAUCCGUCAAAACAUUUUAAAAAGUCAAUCUAUCUGAAAUGUUAGCUGAAGCUUUGUUAUGUUCUUAAUUUCUUUGAUGAACCAUCCAUUUAACUUAUAUCAACUUGAAUGAAAAGCAGAUUGAAUCAUGAUGCCGGACCGUAUUAUGCAUACCAAUAUUUAUGGGUUCAUUUAUAACAACAACUCUUAAAUGUUUUUUUAAUGCCUGAAAUGUGUAUUUAUGGAUAUAAAAAAAUAUUAAUGGAAAUCAA